AUGGCAUCCGACAACAAGAAUAUUCUCCUCACUGGUGCAACGGGUUUUAUCGGGGGCAGCGUCCUGGCAGCACUUCUCCGCUCACCAUCUCUUCAAUCAGGCCCCGUCACCUGCUUGAUGCGUGGUCCUGACCGCGCAUCUCUCCUCUCAGCCACCUAUGGUCACCGGGUAAAGCCAGUCCUCUAUGAAGGCCUCGAUGACCUGGAAGCCACAACGGCGGUCGCUGCACAACAUGACGUUGUAAUAAAUACCACCUUGAGCUAUCACUCUCCAUCGACAAAGGCUCUUCUUCGCGGUUUGGCGCAGCGAAAGGCAGUUACCGGACAUGAUGUCUGGAUGAUUCACACCUCCGGCACAUCCAAUAUUGCUGAUCUGGUGAUUGCGAACGCCGAUGGUCGUCAACUUGACGACAUUGCCGAUGAUGUUUACACCUUCGAAAAGGAGAAAGAGUCUUUGGGACCCUACCCGCAGCGUACCGUUGAGCUGGACGUCAUUGACACAGGUCUUGAGUUAGGUGUCAAAACGAUUGUGCUCAUGUGUCCCAUCAUCUAUGGGAAUGGAACCGGGUUGUUUCACAAUACCAGUAUGCAUCUUGUGUUUAUGAAGGCCAUGAUAAAGCUAGGACGCGCAGUCGUGGUGGAUGAUGGAGCAGGAGUAUGGGAUCAUGUGCACGUUGAGGAUCUAGCUGAACUGUAUCGUCUUCUUGUGCAGGAGAUCCUAGAAAGAGAAGGGAAGGCUUUGCCAACAGGGAAAAAAGGGAUUGUGUUCAAUGGAAAUGGACAGCAUUCGUGGCUCGAAUUUAUGAAACUCGUGGCGAAUGCUGGCUAUGAAGAGGGUGCUUUGUUAAGCAACACAGUCGCUCAUAUCAGCUUAGAGGAAGCGGCAAAGACUUUAGUGCCGCUCAUAGGCUUUUCUGACUCUAUGGGGGACUUGACGAUGUUGGCGGCACAGAUAUUAAACAGCAAUGCACGAACCGUGGCUAGCGUUGCCCGAAAGUUAGGAUGGGUUCCGUUAAAGGGAGAAGAAGUAUGGGAAUCAUCAGUUCGGGAUGAUAUUAAAACUAUAGUAAAGUCUAGCAUUUAG